CCGCCCACCCGGUAUAAAAGCCUUCGUCACCCAUUCACCCGCCCGCAGUCUGUGCUCAUACGUUACAGUGUCAACUUCUCCCGUGCAAGGACUUUGAACAUGUAUUCGCGGUGUUUAGUAGUGCUCGCAGCCGCCCUCGCCGUGGCGGCCGCCCAAGAAAGCUUCAAAUGCCCAGACGACUUCGGCUUCUACCCACACCAUAUAUCCUGCGACAAAUAUUGGAAGUGCGACAACGGAGUGGCCGAGCUCAAGACCUGCGGCAACGGCCUGGCCUUCGACGCCACUGACUCCAAAUACCUGACUGAGAACUGCGACUACCUCCACAACGUGGAGUGCGGCGAAAGGACGCAGCUUGAGCCGCCAAUCUCCACGCCCCACUGCCAGCGGCUGUACGGUAUCUUCCCCGACGAGGCCAAGUGCGACGUGUUCUGGAACUGCUGGAACGGCGAGGCGUCCCGCUACCAGUGCAGCCCCGGGCUCGCCUAUGACCGGGAGUCGCGCGUCUGCAUGUGGGCCGACCAGGUGCCCGAGUGCAAGAACGAGGAAGUAGCGAACGGUUUCUCUUGCCCUGCGCCUGGUGAGGUCUCAAACGCCGGCUCCUUCAGUCGUCACGCCCACCCUGAGGAUUGCCGCAAAUACUACAUCUGUUUGGAAGGAGUCGCUCGCGAGUACGGCUGCCCCAUCGGCACUGUCUUCAAGAUCGGAGACUCUGACGGCACUGGCAACUGCGAAGACCCUGAAGACGUUCCCGGAUGCGAGGACUACUACGGAGAUUUGGAUCUGAAGGCGAUCCGCAAGAGCGAGCUGCUGGCUGGCCUGCAGCAGGACGGCACCUCCCGCAACACACAGCCCAAGCAACUCAAACCCCGCCCUCAGAAGGAAAACUAAACACCUUUCCCCGCCUUAACCUUUAAAUACUCACGUAAUUAAAAACCAAACUUCUUCCUUCACGCAUCACGAGUAACAAUCCUGGCCGAAAAUAAAUUUUAUUUUAUUCAUGAUGCGCGAAGGUUACUCCAGGUUUUAAUUUAAAAUUUCGAAUUUAGUGAGGUAUUUGUAUUCGUUUCUAGUUGCCAAAUACUUUAUCGUUUAUUAGCCUUUUUCGCAGUUUCAAGAGGCCGGUUAGGAAAUUAGUAGAAUCAUACAGCGAUAGAAAUAUUUAUUUUAUAUUGUAUUUAGUUUUGAUAGUACCUUAUAAAGUAACAGAAACGUAUUGAGUUCGUUCCGUCCCUGUAUGUGUAUAGAAACGUUUGUACCUAAUAAUCGUAAGAGCAGGUUUGCAUUUAACUGAAGUAGUUCUGUGUAAAAUUAAACGUAGAAAGUACACGUCAUCUCGAAAAUAGGUAUCACCCAUGACUUUGUAAAUAUUUUUGUACUGAAUUUUUUCGCUGCGACUGAGUGUUGUUGUUUGAUAGAAACUGUAAUACUUAAGUUUUAUUAUUAGUGAUUUAAUAAAUAAAAAUAUAAAACUA